AUGGCUACUUUCGACAUCAACACCAAAUACCGCAUGCCAUCUGGAUACGACAUCCCAGCCCUGGGCUACGGUGUUUACCAGACCCCUGCUGCCGAGUGCGCGGAAGUCGUGGGCCAUGCUCUCGAGACUGGGUAUCGCCACGUCGACUCCGCGGUGGCGUACCGCAACGAGCAACCCUCCGCCGAGGGCAUCAAGGCCAGUGGCGUCGCACGACAAGACGUUUUCUUCACGACAAAGAUCCCCCCCAAGGACAUGAACUACGACAACUCGAAGCAGCACAUCGACAAUACGCUGAAGAUCACCGGAUUCGAUUAUGUGGAUCUGUAUCUUCUGCACUCGCCCUACGGCGGCAAAGAGGGUCGCAUUGGAGCUUGGAAAGCGCUUGUUGAGGGUGUUGAGGCGGGGAAGAUUCGCAGCAUUGGAGUGAGCAACUAUGGGGUCCACCACCUUGAGGAGUUGGAGGCGUACAUCAAGGAGGCAGAAAGCAGCCUGGGAAAGAGCAAAGGUGGCGUGAUCAGCAUCAAUCAAGUCGAGCUCCACCCCUGGUUGGCGAGAAAAGACAUCGUGGAUUGGUGCAAGCAGCGAGGCAUUCUUAUGGAAGCGUACUGCCCUAUCGUACGAGCGACAAGGAACGACGACCCGCUUUUGGCGCGAUUGGCGAAGAAGUAUGGAAAGACACCGAGCCAGAUUCUGCUUAGGUGGAGUCUGCAGAUGGGCUUCAUUCCGCUUCCCAAAUCUGUCACCAAGUCUAGAAUCGAAGAGAAUGCUCAGAUCUACGACUUUGAGCUCUCUUUGGAGGACAUGAAGACCCUAGACACUGGAGCUUACGAGCCCUGUUCAUGGGACCCUACCGUUAGUCGCGAUUGA